AUGUCUUUCCUCAACAGAAACAACCUCUUCAGCGGAGGUCAAGCGCCACAACGUGACCCAUACGGCCAACCUCCUUCACAAUCUCCCAACAGACGCCCACCAGGAGGCGGCGGCGGCGGUGGUGGUGGACCAUAUGAUACACCCAUGAGCGGUGGCUAUGGCUAUGAUCAACCAAGGCAACAGCAGCCUAGUUAUGGAGGAGGCCCUGGACUACCGUCCCGCGGCGCGCGACCUCCCGGAGGUCAGCAGCAGCACCAGCCAAGCCGAUCCGGAGGUGGUGGUGGUGGAGGUGGUGGCUAUGGCCAAGUGCUGACCUUACAGCCUGCAAAAAGUCCAGACAACACCUACACCUUCCGCAACUUGGUCGCCGUGUCCACGAGAGAUCUCCCUCCUUCAAGGGAUGGAAAUGAUAUUCUUCUCAUCAUCAAUCAGGCCUAUGUUGUGUCAGCCCGUCCACUAGAUAACUUCCCCCCCGGCACCAUCGGUCUUUCUGAACCUCAGAGGUCCUGGAUGGGUGUUGCCUUGACCGAUCAAAUUCAGGCCGAAGUUUACGAUGCAUUCAAGAGUGGAGAUCAAGCAUACAUCGGUUCUGCCGAUAUUGAGAUCGGAUUUGCUAGCACGCGGAAAAUCACAGAAACACCCUACGACCAAGAUGAACUGGCUAAGGAAGUGACCAGGUUAUUUGGCAAUCAGAUGUUUGCACCUGGUCAAAGGUUCUUGAUGGAUUUGAAGAGUAUUCCACUGAAUCUCACCAUCAAGACUGUGCAACUGGCGGAUUUCAGUGAAAAGGCUGCCGCCGUCACUUCUGAUCCAAUGGCCAGAGGUAUUCUCACUCCACAAACACAAAUCAACUUCUUCAAAGAUACAAAGACAGCCAUCAAUCUGAAAGCUUCCAGUCGACGACCGGCAGCCAACUCCAUCAUCGCAGCUGACUUCAAAUUUGAGGAUAUGGGGAUUGGUGGACUUGAUGCCGAAUUUGCUACAAUAUUCCGGAGAGCCUUUGCGAGUCGUGUUUUCCCACCUGGAUUGGUGGAAAAAUUGGGCAUUCAGCAUGUCAAAGGUAUUCUACUUUACGGCCCUCCGGGUACUGGAAAGACGCUCAUCGCUCGACAAAUUGGAAAGAUGCUCAACGCUCGAGAACCGAAAGUCAUUAAUGGUCCAGAAGUCUUGAACAAAUUUGUCGGUCAAUCCGAAGAGAAUAUUCGAAAACUAUUCGCCGACGCCGAGAAAGAAUACAAGGAGAAAGGAGAUGAAUCGGGUCUGCACAUUAUCAUUUUUGAUGAAUUGGAUGCAGUUUGCAAACAAAGAGGCAGUGGUGCCGGUGGUGGUACAGGCGUGGGUGAUAGUGUGGUCAAUCAAUUGCUUUCCAAGUUGGAUGGUGUCGAUCAACUCAACAAUGUCCUUCUUAUCGGUAUGACCAACCGAAAAGAUAUGAUUGACGAUGCUCUCCUACGUCCUGGCCGUCUGGAACUUCAUAUGGAAAUCUCUCUUCCUGACGAAUUCGGCCGAUCCCAAAUUCUCAAAAUCCACACCAAGCGCAUGUUGGAUAACGGUGUAUUGGACACUGAUGUCGAUAUUGCGGAACUUGCAGCACGGACUAAAAAUUUUUCCGGUGCCGAGAUUGGAGGUUUGGUCAAGGCGGCCACCUCAUUUGCAUUUAGUCGACAUGUCAAAGUCGGCACAUACGCAGGGAUUACUGACGACGUCGCGGACAUGAAGGUGAACCGAGGAGAUUUCAUCAAGGCACUUGACGAAGUGAAACCUGCUUUUGGUGUGUCAGAAGAAGAAUUGACGAAUUGCAUUCGAGGUGGCAUCAUCCAAUAUUCGCCCCAAGUCAACUGGAUGCUUGACGAGGGCCAACAGCUCGUCAAAUUGGUUCGAGAAUCAGCUCCACUUGUGUCUGUCUGUCUUCACGGCCCUCCAGGAUCCGGCAAGACUGCAUUGGCAGCUCAGAUCGCCAUUGACUCUGGUUUUCCCUUUAUUAAACUGGUCAGCAAUAAAGACACUCUAGAAAUGAGCGAACUCCAAAAGAUAUCCUAUUUGAACCGCAUAUUCAUGGAUGCACAUAAAAGUACCACAAGUGUGGUGGUCAUCGACGACAUUGAGGAGUUUUGUGAAUGGACACCGGUCGGACCGCGUUUCAGUAACCCCAUUCUCAAAACUUUGGCGGCACUUCUGAGAAAGUCACCUCCACCCGGCCGCAGUCUCCUAAUCAUAGCCACAGCAACCGAUCGAGGGGUCCUUCAGCAACUUGAUUUCUGGCGCCACUUCAACAACAACAUUCAUGUUGCCAAUGUUCGGACCUAUCAAGAACUGGAGGUCAUUAUGAAAGACUCCAAGGUCUUUGGACAGGGUGACAUUGGUCGAGCAACUGCAGAGAUCAAGUCGACGACCGGUAACAAUGAGGUGGGCGUCGGCAUCAAACACGUCUUACAAGCACUUGAGAUUGCCAAGUUGAAUAACGAUAGGGUUGAGUCGUUUGCUGCAACGCUCUCAAGGUCGAUUGCGGAGAGAGGUGACAGUUAUCAUUAG